AUGAGCAAUCUGGAGUUUUACAGACUUUUCAAAAACUCUAAAUUGGCCCAAGUGGCUACUCCUUUGAGUAAGCAGUUGAGGGGUCCCAACAACUCGGCCCCCACUCACCAAAUCGUUUACACUCCAACGGCUAGUGCUGCCAGAUCCAACUAUGGUAUCAAAACGGCGUUGCCAAAGCAGGUGGGCCAAUCACACAUCGUCUACAACGACAUUGACAACUUCAAGAAUAUGCCUGAUGUCGAGAAGUAUGGUGGUUCUCAUUAUACCAGAUUGAAGUUCCAGGAGCUGGGUGUGGUUUUGAAGAAAUCAUACAAUAGUGCCAAUCCAUUAUUUGCAUGGGAUUCGUCCAAGUCCUUCAGUGGGUCUAACGAAUUGGCCGCCGACAGUGUAUUGAACAAGCUUAGACUUGGACAAAAUGCAUCGACUGCCGAAGUUAAAGCCCUUCUUCAGAAGAACCCAAAGUUGUACUCUGCCUUCAGAAAGUACUUGGUGGAGAAGAGCCCCGAGUCAAUCAUGUUGAAGGUUCCAUCUAAGCUUGAUCAGCUCUUGAAGGACUUUAUUGCAUCUUCUCCAGAAUUAGUCAAGCGUGAAUUGUCCUUGAACGACAUGACUAGAAAACACGGAGUGGCUUCUCCACAUGGUCCAAGAUCCAACAUACAAGGUACAGCGGGCCUCUCGUACCUUCAGAAAGGACGUCUCUCUAACUCUCCAAACGGUGUGAAGCACGGCGUUAUUGCUCCAGGAAGACUUGUCAGAGAGAGAGAGGCAGGAAUUGGUGGUUUUGUUGCUGCUGUCAACGAGAGAACCACAUUAUUGCAAGCCAACUACGCCAAGAAUGCGCCAGGAAAGCACUCCAGACAAUUUGUCAUGCCAUUCAAGGUGAACGAGGCUGAAUUGACCCCAAGCGGAGGCGUCAGAAUGCACGUGGAUGGUGUCAAGGUGGGAUCGUGGAUGCAGAGCUCUAACACUACUCUUGGAAGCUCCAACUACGUUGCAUCGAACCCCAACUUUGGCAAUAUGUCCGAGAGAAACCUCAAGGACUCGUCUGCUUUGGAGAACUUGUUGGGCUUGGUCUCCAAGUCUAGAAACUAA